AUCCGCACCCUGAAGAAGGCUGGUGAAGAAAGACCAAACCCAGCGCUUAACGCGUGCUUUACUUGUAUUGCUGCUCAGAUCUAAACAAGACCAAAGCGAGGCGAUUUCGCCGAAGCCUGAGGACCGACGACGAAACUUUGGCGGGAUUUCUGGACUUAUUGUCAUUUUUCUCCAGAUACUGAUCAGAACGAGAGAUCGUGAGCGGUUUAAUAGUUUGCAGAUCGACCGGUGAAGAAAGCCAAAAAAUGGAGCGGCCUGCUUCUUUGGAUGAAUACGAGAAGCUCGUCAUCCGCAUGAACACUCCUCGAGUGGUGAUUGAUAAUGCGGUGUGCGCGAGCGCGACGCUGGUGAAGGUGGACAGCCGCGACCUCAACCUCCGAUGCCGCCAAAGGCCUUCCACAUCUCCUCCGACGGCCCGAUGGUCUCAUGGCACGUUUCCACGUCACCGACCCACCUCGGCCCGCCAAGAUCGGGCCAGACCAGCAGCGUACAUAGCCUACAUCGAGCAGUCGCUCAACGACGCCGGCCUCGGCCUCGGAUCUCACCCCUUCGUCGACGACGACGGCGACCUCACGGCGCUGGAGCUCACCGGAACGGAUCGCCCCGGACUUCUCUCCGAAAUAUUCGCCGUGCUCGCCGACCUCAAGUGCAGUAUUGUUGAGGCUAGGGUUUGGACGCACGGAGGUCGCGUCGCAGCCAUUAUAUUUCUUAAGGAUGUUGAAUCUGGAUCCCAGAUCGAAGAUUCUAGAAGGAUCGAUCUGAUAACUUCAAGGCUGAGAAAUGUUCUCAACAGAGACCAUGAUAUUAGGGGGGCGAGAACGACCGUGUCUUCAGUCGGCGUUGCGAACGCCGAUCGAAGGCUUCAUCAGAUGAUGUUUGCUGAUAGGGAUUUCGAGAGGAGAUUUGGGGAUGAGCCGUCGACGACUUCGGUCUCGGUCCAGAAUUGGAUCGAGCGGGGUUACUCUGUCGUGGGCGUUCAGUGUCGAGAUCGGCCGAAGCUCCUGUUCGAUGUUGUUUGCACGCUUACAGAUUUGAAGUAUGUGGUGUUUCAUGGCACAAUCGAUACCGACGCCGAUCGCGCUCAUCUGGAAUUUUACAUUAGACAUUUGGAUGGGUCCCCAAUAAGUUCAGAAGCAGAGAGGCAGCGUGUGAUUCAAUACUUGCAAGCUGCGAUCGGGCGCAGAUCCUCCGAGGGAGUGAAAUUAGAACUCUGCACGAUGGACCAACAAGGUCUACUCGCUGAAGUAACCCGAACUCUUCGAGAAAACGGUCUAUCGGUGACAAUGGCGGAGAUCUCGACCAAAAGUUCAAUGGCCAUGAACACAUUCUAUGUUACCGACGCUGCUGGUAACCCUGCCGAUCUCAAGACCAUCGAAUCAGUCAUCGGACGAAUCGGCCCGGGUCGACUCAAAUUGAUCGAGGAUCGAUCUGGAAGAAUCAAACCGCAAACAGUCCAAGAAGAAGCCGGCGUUGGAUUUUACUACUUGGGCAGCUUAGUGAAGAAAAACCUAUACAAUCUGGGGCUAAUUCGAUCUUGCUCUUAAACUCUCUUAAGCGCGUAAUGUUACUGUAUAUAGCUUCGUCUUGUUUUGUAUAUAUACGAACAGAAGAGCAAUACACGUCGUCGAAGAGGACUUUUAUGAAGACUCUCACCGGUUUCAUACCUAACGUUUAACUGCCUCUUCUUGAAUUGAAUAGAGAGGAGGGGGUCUAGAAGUUAGCGUGUUGGUCGGCUCUUUUUUUGGAAGUGUUCAACGAUGGAAAAGGACUUUUUGCCGCCUUGUUCCUUGAAAAAAAAAUGGAUUGUAGAAACUUGAAACUGUGAAUGUGGGCUCCGUUUGAAACAGCGUUUGUGGGGCUUCGAUCCAAUUUGAUUCCGUUCUUGCGCGGGAGUCUCUUGUUUUGGAAGGUGAAUGAAGAGUGAGUGGACCUGAUGUUCUUAUUAUGAUCUGGUAUUUUUCUAUGCGUCGGGGAUGGAGAUGACACUAGCAAUUUAUCUGAUAUUAUCUAUGUAACGCUGUAGAAUUUGAACUCAUGUUUUACUAUUCACUACUCUAGGAUAUCAUCUUGCACGUUGGUCCCAAGGAGACCACUACUUUGUCCGAAAGCAUCUAGUGGAUUUGGUCUAUUGAUCAAUUGGUAUCCCAAAAAGAAAUUUUGGAGACCAAUGCAAAACGUGAAAGUUUAGAGAAAGAUAUGAAAAAUGUUUCAAAGAUCCCACUCUGUUUGAAGAACUGUAUAUGAAAUGGGAUCGUGUUCAUUUGUGUUUUCCUUUGGGCAAAUGGUGAAACCAAAAUUUUUCUCUCAA